GAUCCCGACGGCCCGGCGAAGUUUCGCCUGCCAUCACUGUCCGGGAGCUUCUUGCUCCGCUCUGGGCUGUAACCUUGAACUUUCGGAAGCGUGGUGACAGUGUCGUGUUAUUACGGCACCACCACCAACUUCUUAAAAAAAGAAAAAAAAGGGAGAAAAAAAAAAGGAUUAAAAAAAAAAAGGCAAACAAAAAAAUCCUCCCGCCCACCCCCCCACCCCCUCGAGUCCUUCCCCCCUCAUCUGCAAAACAACCAGCAGCAGCAGCAGCAGCAAAAGCAAGACUCCUGAGCCGCCGACUACAAGAGGGUUAAAAGUGUAGAUUGGAUUUCACCCCGGGAAAUCUAGCACACGGAGUGAACUUGAAUCUUUGGCUAUUUAAGGAGGACUGGGGUUUGUUGUGAAGUUGUAGUGAUCCAGAGCAGAGCCCCGUCCUGAUUGAUUUCAUCUUCCUUGAGUCUCAGAUGACUGUAAAAUGAAUAGAUGAAAUUAUUCCUUUUUGAGGCUUUUCUUAGGGGCUCUCCGGGCAGCGUGUUCUCAAAGCGAAGUCAUGAUGUAUUCUCCAAUCUGUCUCACUCAGGAUGAAUUUCACCCGUUCAUUGAGGCACUUCUUCCACAUGUCCGUGCAAUUGCCUAUACUUGGUUCAAUCUUCAGGCUCGAAAACGCAAGUACUUUAAAAAACAUGAGAAACGAAUGUCAAAGGAUGAGGAAAGAGCAGUCAAGGAUGAGCUACUUAGUGAAAAGCCUGAAAUUAAACAGAAGUGGGCAUCCAGACUCCUGGCCAAGCUGCGCAAAGAUAUUCGCCAAGAGUUCCGGGAGGAUUUUGUGCUCACGGUGACUGGGAAGAAGCACCCAUGCUGUGUAUUGUCCAAUCCUGACCAGAAGGGCAAGAUUAGGAGAAUCGAUUGCCUGAGACAGGCUGACAAAGUCUGGCGUCUGGAUCUAGUCAUGGUGAUCCUGUUCAAAGGCAUCCCCUUGGAAAGUACGGAUGGAGAACGUCUCAUGAAAUCCCCACAUUGCACAAAUCCAGCACUUUGCGUCCAGCCACAUCACAUAACAGUAUCAGUCAAGGAGCUUGAUUUGUUUUUGGCAUACUACGUGCAGGAGCAAGAUUCUGGACAACCAGGAAGUCCAAGCCACAACGAUCCUGCCAAGAAUCCACCAGUGUACCUUGAGGACAGUUUUGUGAAAUCCGGUGUAUUCAACGUGUCAGAACUUGUGAGGGUGUCAAGAACACCCAUAACCCAGGGAACAGGAGUGAACUUCCCAAUUGGAGAGCUUCCGAGCCAGCCAUAUUACCAUGAUAUGAAUUCGGGUGUAAAUCUACAGAGAUCCUUGUCCUCUCCACCAAGCAGCAAAAGACCCAAAACUAUCUCCAUAGAUGAAAAUAUGGAGCCAAGCCCAACAGGAGACUUCUAUCCUUCUCCAAAUUCACCAGCUGCGGGGAGUCGGACAUGGCAUGAAAGAGAUCAAGAUAUGUCUUCUCCUACAAUGAAGAAACCUGAAAAGCCUUUGUUUAGUCCUACUUCUCCCCAGGAUUCUUCACCAAGACUGAGCACUUUUCCCCAGCAUCACCAUCCAGGAAUCCCAGGAGUUGCACACAGUGUCAUCUCAACUAGAACUCCACCUCCACCUUCACCAUUGCCAUUUCCAGCACAAGCUAUUCUCCCUCCUGCCCCAUCUAGCUACUUCUCUCAUCCAACGAUCAGAUAUCCUCCCCACCUGAAUCCUCAGGAUACUCUGAAGAAUUAUGUACCUUCUUACGACCCGUCCAGCCCGCAGACUAGCCAGCCUAACAGCAGUGGUCAAGUAGUAGGGAAAGUGCCUGGCCAUUUUACUCCAGUUUUGGCACCCUCUCCCCAUCACAGUGCGGUGCGACCUGUGGCCCUGACCAUGACAGAUACUAAACCCAUCACUACAUCCACUGAAGGUGAGGCAUCUUCACCUACAGCAACCACCUACACAGCCUCAGGCACAUCCCAAGCCAAUCGAUAUGUGGGACUAAGCCCAAGAGACCCAUCCUUCCUACACCAGCAACAGCUGAGAAUUUGUGACUGGACCAUGAAUCAAAACGGCAGGCAUUUAUACCCCAGUGCCAGUGAGGAUACAUUGGGAAUUACUUGGCAAAGUCCUGGUACCUGGGCUAGCUUGGUUCCUUUUCAAGUAUCAAAUAGGACACCGAUCCUGCCGACAAAUGUCCCAAAUUAUGGUUUGAACAUAAUUGGAGAGCCUUUCCUUCAAGCAGAAACCAGCAACUGAGGGAAAAAAAAAUUAUUACAAUUAAAAGCAAAAUUUAAAAAAAAAAAAAGAAAAAAAGAGAAGAAGACAAGAUGAGAAAAGAAACUGAAGAAAGAAGAAAAAGUAGACCAGCAAUUGCAGCUCUUACAAUCACUAAUUCCCUUAUGGUUGAAACUGAAAUGAGAUACAAAGGGUCGAUGAUAUUUCACUGAUGGGUAGAAUGCAGCUCCUGCUAAGUAGCCUUUGUUAUAUGAAGUCCGCUGGGAAAUAGAUGUUCUGUCUCCGACAAUAUAUUUUAACUGACUUUCUAGAUGCCUUAAUAUUUGCAUGAUAAGCUAGUUUUAUUGGUUUAGUAUUCUUGUUGUUUACGCAUGAGAUCACUAUUCCUGGUUAUCUCACAAAACAAAGGCUAGGCAGCAGCAGCAGAGCUGCAGGAGGAUAAGGGCCGUGAGCCAGUCAUUUUUUCAACACUCGGAUUUCUAAAUGUUUUAAAAAUAAGCUCUGUAGCCUUUAGUUAUGGAUCAGUAUGGAUUUAUUAAACUUUGGCCCUUAAUUCAGCCUUUUCUAGUGUGUUAUGCAGUUUGAAGUUUUCAAUCAGUAUGAACACACAGGCUCUAUGAAUGAAAUGCCUCUACAUAGGUAAAAGUGUUAUCUUCUCAUGCAACAGUAAAAAAAAAAAAAAGAAACUGAAAAAAGUGACAUUUUCCCCACUAAUGAAACACUUACAGAGGCAAGUGCAAUUUAAAAAUCGUAUCUAAGGGGUCAUCACUACAAGUCCUUCAGCCCUUGGACUCUAAAUUGAGGGGAUUAAAAAUAAAAAUAAAAAUUACUUUGAACAAACUUAUUUUUCCCCUCAAUUUUUGAGGGCAUUAAAAGGCAUUAAAUCAAGACAAAUCAUGUUCUUGAGAAAAAGAAAUCAAUGGAAACACAGCACUUAUGUUGGUUUAGCUGCUGCCUCCACAGAGGGGUAGGAUUUAUUUAUUUAAAGUUACUUGUUGCAUCAAGAACCCAUAGGGUUUACACAUUUCAGUAAAAUCUACAUCAUAGAGACAAAGACAUAGGCAAAUCCAUGUCACAAGGGCAAAGCUUACCGUUUACAAACUGGUAAUACCAGGAUGGGGAUAUGUUGUAUUUAAAUAAUGCACUCUUAAUGUAAGUCUAAUUACAGGGUGCUGUAAACUUGCAUGGUGCUUUCAGAAGUUAGCCUUGUUCAACAAUUUUCACAUAUUGACAGAAAUAUAAUGUGCAUGGGCAGACAUUUUGCCUCUAUGUCUCUUUAAAAAUUUAAAAUACUCUUUCCAGUUAUCCUAAUUUGCACGAAGAUAUAAUGUCCACAUUACGUGCCUUGCCUUGAAAUCUAAAAAAUGGAAAAAAACAAAAAAAGAAAAAACUACAAAAAAAUUGACAUCACUACACUUGUUUUGCUGCAUUUAUUAUAAUUUUAAAUCUUUACCAUUUUUAUGACAAAAUAUUUUGUAUUCCAGAAGCGAAAAAUGUGUGACAUCAUGGAUUUUUUAGACAGUUAUACCUUUAUCUCACAUUUAUAAAGCAUAUCAUGGCUGUGUAUAGUUGCCGCUUAAGAAUUGUAAUCGACCAGCAAUAUUUUCAGUAUUUCGGUGUUUUUUCUAUUAACCUUUCAUGUUUUUCAUCUUCCAAUUAAUAUUGGGGGGAGGGGAUACAAAUUUAUACGAAUUAUGCAAUACCAAGUUUUGCCUAUGUAGGUAGUGCUUUUAGCUGUAUUGGUUAUUAUAGGUAAGUACACAGAUUUAAAAAAAAAAAAAAAAGGAAUACUGUAUGCUUUUUUUGUUUGUUUUAAUUGACCAAAGUGGGUACUGCUAUUUUUGCAGUGUGAUGAGGUCCUUUUCUGUACUGAGAGGUGGACAGGGGAUUUUUUUUUUUAUACAUACUAUAUAUAUAUUCUGGGGUGGGUGGGGAGGAUUUUUAACACUUUACAGUGUAGCUGUGAAGCAGUGCACCCUUAGCCAGGCGAGGGCUGCAAAGCGACUGUUCUGCCUACUGUGACAAACUUUCAAAUCGGUUCCCUCUUUUUAACUUCCCACCUGGGGUGCAAGCUGAAAUCAUUUCUGGAUUUAAAAAAUAAAUAAUGAAUUCUGUUGGAGGCAGACUUGACUUGAGGAAAUUGUUUUACUUCAAAGGUUUUUUUCUUGAGAAAGAGAGACAGACAGAGAAAUAGGUCAGGACCCACAGUGAGGUGAAGCCUUUUCCAUUCUGGCAAAGAUAUUGCAUCCUAAAGUGUGCAUGUUAGAAAAUGCUUUCAGCUCAGAAUGACAAAGACACUUGCUUUGUCUAGGAAAUGCAAGUACAGGGCCAAAAACUUUGCUGGCAUAGUUCCACUGACUCCAGUUGACUCUGGAGUUGUUCACGCAGAGAAUUUGCCUCCCUUAGACUGCUUGACUGGUAAUUUUUUUUUUUUUUAAUUUACAUAAUUUUUUUUAUCCUCCUCCUCCCACCAAGUUUAAUUCACAGCAUCUUAAUUACAACUUUCAGCCAGCUUGGGCUAUGUCAGAGGUUUUCAAAGUCUUUUCAUACAGCAGAUCAGAUGGAGAGUUCUGGGCUGUAGUGGAGAAGGAAUUUAUGCAAGGAAUUAGACUAUGAUGGAAAUGAAGGUCUUUUUCCAGUAAAAUCUCAUUUUGCAGACCAGUAACGGGCCUGUUGCUGGAGACCUCUUAUACACCAAUAUCUUUGCAAUGUAUGGCUUAACACAGGGUGAAUUUUUCUUUAAAACACAUCCUUUUAUUAGGGUGCAAGCAGAGGAGAGUAUAGACACGGAUGUAGGAUACCACCAUCAGUCACUUCUGGCUCCAACCAGUCCAUGGUGCUUAAGAGCAGUAAUGGUGGCACAUCUCCAUGUCUCCAGGUGGAGAUGUGUAGGCAGGGCCUGAAUGGCUACAGAGACAGGAUUUGUAAAGAAAUAAAUCUUUGAGAUUUAGCUAAACUGAAGAACAAGCUGAGACACACACACACACAAAAAAAAAAAAAAAAGGUAAAAUUGUGUUGCUCUUUUUCUGAGCCCCUUAGUAGGUCAAUUGUUUGCUAAACACGUGGCAAAGUAUGCUAGACCCAACCAGAGUGCAUCACAGGCUUUGGCCUGGUGAAACAAAGUAUGUGUUGUCUUUUACACGUGUCACUGAUACAGAACAGUUUGGGAGCAGAAAGAUGUGCUGGGGGGACAUCCUUUUUUAGUACCAUCAGCAAGGUGUUCCCUGAGUGCUUUCAGUAGCACAGAGAGAAAACUGGAACAAAUUCAGACUUAAACAUGCAAUAGCCAAAAUGAUGAUUGCCCUUGUAGAAAGAUGGAUGUCCUUAACAGAGCCUUUUUUAAAUCUCUGACCUCCUAUAUACAGAAAAGUUGAGCUUACAGAUGCAAUUUUUUUAAAAGAAACUCCUUCCAUGUGAAUAAAUUGGAUUGUUCAGCAACUGUGGGUUUCUGACACCUGCCUCUCUUAUAGAAAAGCCUGUUUGGAAGAUAAUGAACUUUUCAUUUAUUGUAGGUUGGCUUUGUUGGUUGGUUGUUUUUGUUUUUUUUUUAAGCUCAGCAGUCAACAGAUUAAGAUGAUUGAGAACUCAAAUCCAGUCUCUGGCCUCCUCCUUCACCAGGAAGUGUAUUCUGACUAAAUUGAGCCACCCCGUUCUAUGUGCACUGUUCUGCCUUUAUUAAGUUGCUUUGCAGCCCUGGCCUCAUGGCUGUGCCACUGAAGUGUGUUUCCCCUGGAGUGACAUGAACGCUUGAGGCUUGACUAAGGAAAAAAAAAGGCAGUGAAGGAGACUGUACAUAAAGACAUGGCAAAAAUAUUAAUUAUAGCAAUAUAGUUGUGGGGUGAUGUUGAGGUGCGCAGCUCCAUUGAAAAAUAUGUGAAUGAGCUUGUGAAGCUGCAAGUAGCAAGAAGAAAGGAGGAUCUUCUGAAUGAACCGCCUACCUUGUAGACCGUAAUUUGUACACUGUAUAGUUUUGUUAAGGAUUUUUUUUAAUUAAAAUACCCUUGUUUGUAAAGCUAACUUUUUAACAAUUAUAAUGGAAAUGCAUUUCCAUUUUUAAACAAAAAUAUUCUUUGUUUGGAAACUGGACUUGGGUUAAAACUCUCCAGUUUCUUAAUUUAUGUAUUAAAAAAAAAAAAAAUCUGUCCAUGUUAGGAGUUAUUUCGCAGAUUCCUGUGCUUGAAAAGCGUGGGUUACUAAUCCUUUAAAAAUGUAAAUGGAGAAAAGUUAUAUUUUAUGAAGGUUAUUUUGUUGUAUUUAGUAUUGGAAAAGUUGGUUUUCAGAGCAUUUCAAAAUGUUGGAAGCACCACUGUCUUUUUAUUAGUAUAUAUGGCCUUUAGCAAAAGUUUUUGUGAUUGUUACAUGAUGGUAUUUAAGAUUAGGUUCACAGAGCAAUUCAGGAUAGGCAGAGAGCUAAAACAGUACUUAAGUCUCACACAGCUGUGUCCUCAGGGAGCAGAAUUUUGGAUUUGCAACUUGUAGCUUCAUAAGGACUUAAUGAAAGAGAUUGCAUAAGGACAUUUGUGACACCCAAGUGUGUUCUGUACCUAAAUCUAAAUUAUAUGUACUGUGUGAGAUUAUGAAGGCUGCAGAAAGUUAUCCCAUAUUCAGUGUACAGUUUUCACUUUCAAUGAAAAAAACUCUCUAAUGUUGCUGGCAGUAAGGCCCCAAUCAUGACAUCCUCUAUAGUUUACAUGAUCCUGUCAAGGUCUUUUGUUAACAUUAACCAGCUGCAUGCUCCUGGAUUUUUUUAAUGGGUUUCCAUAGAAAGCUUAAGAAAAAAAAAGAGAGAGUAAAAUCACAUGCCAGCUAAUCAAGUUAAACAGGAAAAAAGCUCAAAGCUGAAUGUUCUACUCCAUGCUGAAGGAGCUGAAAACUGCCUCCUUCUUAUUUGCACUUUCUGCUAGUUCCCCAGUUUUUUCUAAUUUUUCAAAAUUUUGUGGGUGUGGUGGAGCACUGCAGUUGGAGGAUAACAUGGACCACUUAUUUUGCCCUUUAACCCUGCACAGUGACCUUUGCAUCAGCCAAACUUAUUGCCAUGACAACUCUUUGUACUGUUUCCAUGCCACAGCUCUGUUGGUCACGUUGUCAAUAGUAAAGGGGACAAGUUGGAGACGGUCAAUUUUUACAUUUUUUUGUUGCAAUUUUUUCUUCAAUGGUUGUAAGUAGUUUGUUUGUUUGUUUGUUUGUUUUUUAUGAUAAAAGGGUUCACUAGUUAGUACUCUUUAGAAAUAUCUGUGUGUUGCAAUUCAGAUGUAUGUUGAAUU